AUUUUAUUGAAAUUUUGAUGGAGCUGCCGACCUAUCCUACUUACACUUACACUUUCUCGAAAUAAAACAAGAAAACGGAAAAAAAACACAAAAAACCGGUAAAACGGUCAAUACGAGUUCAAGCCAGAACUGGCAGGAUGCGCAGGAUGCGUUCCUUCGUAUCAGCACCAAUAUGUCCUUCCUGUUUAUUCGCAACGAGAAGUCGAAAUGCCAUUCAAUCUUUCGCCCCACGAUGGCCUGCGCAAAGAUUCGUAUAUACUCGAACGAGAGACGGCCCCUCGAGAAUGGUACUGUCCGAUCGCGUGGCACGCCCUCCGCGUAGAGACUCACAGGAUGGCCGUAGCGAUAGGCCCCAGAGGAGAUCAGAAGGGCCAUUUGGGGGUAUGAAUCAGACUUAUGCUAAUAUACGGGAACCGACGUCAAGAAGAACGUCUCGAAUUAGCGAUGACAGAGGUAGCGGGGAUAGGAGGGGUAAAACAGCCGAACGACGGACCAAAGCUAUGAAAAUGCAGCAUGCGCUAUCGCCAAUACCAUACUUGCAAAGAGUACAGACAAAGUCGGCCUUGGCUACGAUAGAAUCGUUUGAUCAAUUCGCUGUUCUACCUGCGAUCAAAGAGGCCAUGUCCAAGGAUGUGUUAAGGGGCAUGGUAGAUAUCAAGCCCACUCCAAUCCAACGACUUGCAAUCCCAGCCUUGCUAGGCCAAAAUAUUGGCCGGCGAAAUUGGAAAACUGAGAGUCAAGGGAGGCAAGAGUUCCUGCUAGCGGCAGAGACGGGCUCUGGAAAAACUCUAGCUUACCUUAUACCCAUUAUCGACGCGUUCAAGAAGGCUGAAGCUGCCGAUCCUGCCAUCGCGGCCUACCGAGAAUAUUUCUCGAAGCAAAUGGAAGCGAUGAGCGAGAAAGGAUACACGGGUCCUCGCGAAUUCGACCCGCAUCCAACAACCGCCCGACCCAGAGUUGUUGUGUUAGUACCGACAGCCGAGCUGGUUGAGCAGGUAGGUAAAGUUGUUAAGCGGUUGUCGCAUGAGGUCAAAUUCAAAGCCAGCAUGUUUUCCGCCAACGUUUCUGCCAAGGUCAUCAAUGCGAACAUGUAUUCCCCUACGGGCAUCGAUGUUGUUGUCUCAACGCCGCAUCUAUUGGCAUCCAUAGCAGACUCGUCCCCCAAUAUCCUGUCUAGGGUCAGCCAUUUUGUGGUUGAUGAAGCUGAUUCGCUUUUCGACCGUGGCUUCUCGCCCGUAACAACAUCCGUCCUAGACCGCGCCCUACCUUCUAUCAAACAACUAAUCCUCUGCUCUGCCACUAUCCCUAAAAGAUUGGACAACUACUUGGCUACCGAAUUUCCAGAUAUGACCCGGCUCACUACACCAAAUCUCCAUGCCAUUCCUCGUCGUGUGCAACUAGGAGUCAUUGAUGUCACAAAAGAUCCGUACCGGGGUAACAAAGAUCUUGCUUGUGCAGAUGCCAUUUGGUCUAUUGGUCGAGAUGCUGCCCGACAUGAAAGCUCCGUGCCAGGGGAGGCAGACGUCAAACGAAUUAUGGUGUUUGUUAACGAGCGCGAGAAAACUCAAGAGGUUGCAGAGUUCCUUGUUUCUAAGGGUAUUGAUGCGGUUGCUCUUCAUAGAGACACCCCAGACCAGCGGCAGUCGGAGAUGAUGGAUUCAUUCACAAGCAGCGAGCCGCUAAAAACCAAAGAUGUGCCCCCUGCUGCCGUGCCAGCUCCCGGUAAGGGACGUCGGGUUUUAACCAACACCAAAGUUAUCGUGGCUACGGAUCUGGCCUCGAGAGGUAUUGAUACCCUGGCCGUUCGACAUGUAAUACUGUAUGACGUACCGCACACGACCAUCGAUUUUAUACACCGCCUAGGUCGUGCAGGCCGUAUGGGCAGGAGAGGAAGGGGAGUCGUCUUGGUGGGCAAAGAUGACAGACGGGACAUCGUGGCCGAGGUUCGGGAAAGCAUGUUCAUGGGCCAGGCACUUAUAUAGAGGCAAGAUACCCGUAACUUCAACCCAUACGACUUGUAUAACUAUAAAAAUACACAAUUUCAGCCAAUUAUACCACAUAGUCACUAAGGUGUUGAGGUGACUUUGUUCCCCCAUAGAACCUCAGAAGGCUUUAGAGUAGAUAGGCAUUUGCCCAUGUAAGUAGGAUCCUAAUAAUAUUGCCUCUCUACACCCAGGAGCAUGGUCGAAACCCCAAGAGAACAUGAUCAGACACUACCUAGGUACCUAGGUAGACACGCCCACAAAUACAGUAUUAUGCUAUUGAUAACAUUUAGGAUGAUUGCACGUGGCUAGCUCGGGAACGAAGCUGUUUGGGAUAUCUCCAAUCAAUCAUACUAACGUAACCUAGGCACUUUCUUGCCACAGGUUCCUGUGGCAGUUGAGUUGGGAAGACAGUAGACACGAAAAUAAGCACUCAUCUAUGAAACACCAGUAUGCUAUUCUUUCUAUGACGUUGGAAUCCUAUCUUCUGAGUGCUGGUAUCUCUAACAUCUCCCUGGCGACUAUGGAGACCAAAUAUCCAUAUAUGAAGCCGUCUUUCCGUAUAGUCUAACCUGCCCUGGCUGGCCCCUAGGUAGACCCUUGACAGACUUGGAUAUAUGAGAUAGUAGGGUUCAUGGGUGAGUGUGUAUCACUGAUAGGGGCGUCACCAGAGCUAGGUAGUAUGUAUGUCACGAACUAGC